GCACGUAUUGAGGAGCUGGAGGAGGAGCUGGAAGCGGAGCGUGCAGCACGUGCCCGGGUGGAGAAGCAACGUUCGGAGGUGUCGCGGGAGCUGGAGGAAAUCAGCGAGCGUCUGGAGGAGGCGGGGGGGGCCACGUCGGCCCAGGUGGAGAUGAACAAGAAGCGGGAGGCGGAGUUCAUCAAGCUGCGGCGAGACCUGGAGGAGGCCACGCUCCACCACGAGUCCACAUCCGCCGCCAUGCGCAAGAAGCACGCGGACUCUGCCGCCGAGCUGGGCGAACAGAUGGACAACCUGCAGCGGGUCAAACAGAAGCUGGAGAAGGAGAAGAGUGAACUCAAGCUGGAACUCGAUGAUGUCAGCUCCAACAUGGAGCAGGUGGUGCGGGCCAAGGUUAACCUGGAGAAGCUGUCUCGGUCUCUGGAGGACCAGGUCAAUGAGUAUCGCACCCGAGCAGAGGAGGGGCAGCGCUCGCUGAGUGAUGUGUCCACGCCUCGGCCAAGCUGCAGACCGAGAACGCUACAGAGGCAGUUGGAGGAGAAGGAAGCGUUGGUGUCGCAGCUGAGUCGCGGCAAACUGUCGCACAGCCAGCAGAUCGAGGACCUGAAGCGGCAACUGGAGGAGGAGGCUAAGAAUGCGUUGGCACACACCGUGCAGUCGGCUCGGCACGAUGGCGAGCUGCUGCGGGAACAAUACGAGGAGGAGCUGGAGGCCAAGGCGGAGCUGCAGCGGAUGCUGAGCAAGGCCAACGCUGAGGUGGCCGGAUGGAGGACCAAGUAUGAGACGGACGCUAUCCAGCGCACAGAGGAGCUGGAGGAGGCCAAGAAGAAGCUGGCCCAGCGGCUACAGGAGGGGGGAAGAAGGCUGGCCCCAGCGCUGCAAGAGGCGGAGGAGCAAGUGGAGGCGGUGAAUGCCAAGUGUUCAUCGCUGGAGAAGACCAAACACCGGCUGCAGAACGAGAUCGAGGAUCUGAUGAUCGACGUCGAGCGUUCCAACGCUGCCGCCGCCAUGCUGGACAAGAAGCAGCGCAACUUCGACAAGCUGUUGGCGGAGUGGAAGCAGAAGUUUGAGGAGUGUCAGACUGAUUUGGAGGCUUCACAGAAGGAAUCUCGCUCUCUCAGCACCGAGCUCUUCAAGCUGAAGAAUGCCUACGAAGAGGCACUCGACAACCUGGAGACGCUCAAGAGGGAGAACAAGAUCCUACAGGAGGAGAUCUCGGACCUGACGGAGCAGUUGGGGGAACGGGGGAAGACGGUUCACGAGUUGGAGAAAGUACGUAAACAGCUGGACCAGGAGAAGCAGGACCUGCAGGCAGCACUGGAGGAGGCAGAGGCCACACUGGAGCACGAGGAGGGCAAGAUCCUGCGGGCACAGCUGGAGUUCGGGCAGAUGAAGGCGGAGAUGGAACGGCGUUUGUCGGAGCGGGAGGAGGAGAUGGAACAGGCCAAGAGGAACCAGCAGCGAGUGGUGGAGUCGCUACAGAGCUCCCUGGAGGCCGAGACCCGCAGCCGCAACGAGGCGCUCAGGAUCAAGAAGAAGAUGGAGGGUGACCUGAACGAGAUGGAGAUGCAGCUGAACCUGGCCAAUCGACAAGCGGCCGAGGCCCAGAAACAGGGCAAGAUCCUGCAGGCAGCACUCAAGGAGGUGCAGCUGCAGUUGGACGAGGCUGGCCGACAGGCGGAGGAGCUGCGUGAGACUGCGGCGCUGGCCGAGCGGAGAGGGGGGCUGCUGGCGGCCGAGGUGGACGAGCUGCGGGCUGCGCUGGAGCAGGCGGAGCGAGGGCGCAGGCUGGCCGAGACUGAGCUGCUGGAGAGCAGCGAGAGGGUGCAGCUGCUGCACUCGCAGAACACCAGCCUGAUCAACCAGAAGAAGAAGCUGGAGGUGGACAUGGGGCAGCUCCAGGCUGAGGUGGAGGACGCUCUACAGGAGAGUCGCAACGCUGACGAGAAGGCCAAGAAAGCCGUGACCGACGCUGCCAUGAUGGCGGAGGAGCUGAAGAAGGGAGCAAGACACGAGCUCCCACCUGGAGCGGAUGAAGAAGAACAUGGAGCAGACCAUCAAGGAUCUGCAACAUCGACUGGACGAGGCCGAACAAAUCGCCAUGAAGGGCGGCAAGAAACAGAUCCAGAAGCUGGAGGCCCGGGGACCGAGAAGAACAACAUCCGUCUGCAGGACCUGGUGGACAAACUCCAGCUGAAGGUCAAAUCCUACAAGAGGUCGGCAGAGGAAGCGGAGGAGCAGUCAAACACCAACCUGGUGAAGUUCCGGAAGCUUCAGCACGAGCUGGACGAGGCGGAGGAGCGGGCCGACAUCGCCGAGAGUCAGGUCAACAAACUCCGCGUCAAGACCCGCGAGGUGGGAGCGAAGGUACUCGCCGACCCCCGACCUCUGACCUUGACGCCGACCCCGGACCCCUGA